AUGGAAUCCGAAACUCUUCCUACUUCGCAUGUAGCUAAUCAAUCAUACUCCGAUGACGUUAUUGGGAAUACAGAUUGUGCUGGUGCUAAUAUUGGGCCAUCUCUCACUUUCAAGCUGUUGACUGAAUUGAUGGGCGGUUAUGAGUCUGUUGGGUGUACUGUGUUGGACAUCCGUAACUACACACGGGACAUCAGAAGAUACGCUGAAGGAUAUGACGCCCAAAUGAUAAUAGAUGAGUUGAAGAAGAAGAAGGAAAAUUGUGAUGCCUUCACGUACGAGUAUGAAGUUGAUUCCCGAAGUCGUCUGAUGCAUUUAUUCUGGUGUGAUCCUGUUGCUAAGAUGAAUUACUUGCAAUUUGGUGACAUCGUUUCAUUUGAUACUACGUACUCAACUAAUAGGUACUUAAUGAUUUUCGCUCCGUUCACUGGUAAGGACAACCAUGGGCGCGCAGUGUCCUUUGGAGCUGGUUUGCUUUGUAGUGAGAGCGCGGAUUCUUUCUGUUGGUUGUUUAAGCAGUUUGUGAAGUGCAUGGGCAUACAUCCCAAGUUGAUAAUUACUGAUCAUGACUUGGGCAUGAAAGUAGCCGUUGAAAAAGUUCUUGUGAAUACACGUCACAGAUGGCGUAUGUGGCACAUCAUGGCAAAAGUAGCUGAAAAUGUGCCUAAGUCAUUUCUGGGUAAUCAUGAUUUUAAAAAGGAUUUGAAUUCAUGCGUUUGGUCUGAGUUGAUUGGACCCACUGAGUUUGAAAACAAGUGGAAGAAUGUGAUGGAGACAUAUGAACUUGAUGGCGCUGAAUGGUUCGUUUCUAUGUUCGAAUCAAGAAACUAUUGGGUUCCUGCUUACUUUAGGGACUUCCCUAAUAGUUCUUUGAUAAAGACGACAUCUGUUUCGGAAUCGCAGAAUAGUUUUUUUAAGAGGUAUACUCAGUCCAGGGCUAACCUUGUUGUUUUUUUAAUGAAUUUCAAUAGUGCGGUUGAUGCCCAAUGA